AUGGGUCAAAUUUUUAAUUCAUCCAAAAAUGCAAUUAUAGACCAUACUAAUUGUGCUACAAUGGAUUCACAUGAUAUACAAGAUGUGACAACAUUAAUAAAAAUUAUUAUAAAUGAUCAAAGAGAUGAUGUUGAUAAUAGAUUAAAAUUCAGUUCAGCAUAA